UAACCAACGUACCUUACAUAUUUAUAUAGCGCUGGAGUUAAAAAUGGUGGGGGCCGAUAUUUCGGUAAACUGAUGUCGAGUUUAAAGCCACGGCACUCACAAUCCACCUUCGGUGAUCAUAACAACUCUCGACCAAUACCCGCUAGAAUCAAGUUAAAGGGAACCAGACACUACAGAUGAGACAAUCAGUACUAGUGUUAACAUUUUUUGCGGAUUCUUAAGUGUGUUGUGUGUGUGUUUGAUUUGAAUUUAAUAAACCGGUAAUUAGUAUAAGGAGAACAUGGACUUGUAUUGCUGCGAGUCUGCAGAAAAUGAAAUUAGAGCAUACGAUGACCCGACUUUACUGCAGGAUAGAGUACUUAGAAAUUUACUCAAAACAGAGGAUCGGUAUGUUUUACCGAUCAAUGCCUCCCUCGCUGUACAAAAAGAGGUUACUGCCGAAAUGAGGAAGAUAGUCGCUGAAUGGAUGAUGGAGGUGUGUGAGGAACAAAAGUGUCAAGACGAAGUUUUUUCUUUAGCUAUGAACUGUAUGGAUAGAUUUUUAAUGUGUUGUUCUAUAAUGAAGAACCAAUUACAGUUAUUAGGAACUACGUGUUUGUUAUUAGCAUCAAAGUUAAGAGAAUCGAGACCCCUAGCUGGUGAAACUUUAGUGUAUUAUACAGAUCAUAGCAUAAGGAGAGAUCAACUAUGGAAUUGGGAACUUCUAGUCUUGAGUAAAUUAAAAUGGGAUAUAUCCGCCGUCACGCCUCACGAUUUUCUAAAACAUCUUCUGAGUCGUUUAUUAGAAAAAGAUUGGAACAUUGGUUACAAACGAGUCCACAAUCACGCCAAAACCAUCAUCACCCUUUGCGCCACAGAAUUUGUUUUUUCGAGGUAUUGUCCUAGUAUUAUAGCAUGUGCAAGCGUUGCAUCUGCUUUGUGCGGAGUAGGAUGGACCUACAAGAGCGGUCAUACUCUAGAACAACUUUUGCAGAGAUUAACCGCAAUAACAAACAUAGAAAUGGAUUACGUGAAGGAAUGCCUUAACAAAAUAGAUCAGAUGAUCAAAGAUUCUUCUGCUUUGCCAGGCGAGGACUUUAAGUCUGUAAACGGUACAGCCAGACCGGGAGAAUUUACACCACCGCCUUUGGAAAAAAACCAGGAACAUAACACAGCUUUAACCCCUACAGAUGUGCACGACAUCCAUUUUUGACACAAGAAAUAGGAGUGCGCCAGUGAUAAUAUUAGAAUACCUAGAGCUUCCAUAAACGUUUAUAAAAUUUAAAUGUGUACCUUAAAUAGAGACGUAUUUUUUUAAUAAAUUUUCUGCGCGUUGUGAAUCGGUUAGUAUGUGUAUAUCGAUAACACGAUAAUAGUGUUUAUUGUAUUUGUUUAAAUAUUUGGUGUGGAUGUAAGCGCUAUAACAGAAAAUAAAUGUUGAAGUGGGAGAGAAGAAUAAAAUGAAUGAUGAAAUGUCAUGAAAAACUUCGGGGGAAGGCAAUAAAUUACGCUUUAAGUGAGAAACAGUAGUUGGAUAUUUUUUUUGUAAAAUAAGUGCAGACUGGAAAACAAUUUUUAGAUAUUAAUAAUAUAACAUUAUAAGAGACCAUCUUUAAUAUGAAACGGAUAUAUAAUAAAUGUUAAAUUUUGACGCAUCCAUGAAUAGUCUACUUAUAAAACAAGGUAAUAUAGUUAUAUAUAUAUAUAAUAAACUACUAUCUAUUAUUAGAAGCAUUGGAAUUAAAUAAACGUUUUUAGUUUAAUUCAAGGUUUUGUUUUGUCUGUUAUGUGAGUAUGGAGAAUUUAUUUGCUACUAAAAUGGUUUUUAGAAUUCAUGUUAGUUAGGUUAUUUAUGCAACCCAUACUAAAUUCCCACAAAAUAGAUUUGUAGUUUCUUUUUGUUGAAUGAAUUUUAAAAUUUCUUAUCAGAACAAUUUAGUUAUAAUAAAUCGUUUCACAUAUUUUUGUAGAGUAUUGAUAAAAAAGUUAUUAUUAUAUACUGGUCAGAAUGUGCAAUAAUUUUAGUUACCAUCAUUCAUGGUAAUAUAUCAUUAUUAGGUAGAAACAAAAUUUUUUUACAUAUAAAUUUUUUAUCAAUAUUUAUAUGAUUUAUUGAAGAAUAAUUAUUUGAAUUAAUUUUUUCCUGUCUGGACUUAUGAACACCUCGUACACAGGGGUGGUAAUUAUAAAAAUCGAACCCCUUUAUAGUCAUUUGUACAUACACGAUUUUUGGUUCCUUAAACUGAUUUUUCCACGUCAGUUGAAUAAUAGUUUUUAAAUUAUUUACCUAAAUAUUUACAUUGUAGCAGUUCAAUCUGUUGCACAAUUUUGAAAAAUUACCAUUUUUUAUACCUAUUUAUAUAUAGACGUACAACAUUUUCCCUUAUUAUGCAGCUGUGAUAUCAAAAUUCAAUCUCGACUUUAUAUUUUGGAAUCUCAAUCAGAUCACAUCAAAAAAUACAUUACCAGAUAAAAUUGUGCAACAGAUCUUGACACAAAGACUGUACUAUUACCAGGUGUAAGAACAUAAAAAGGAAAAUAA